AUGUCAGGUGUAGUCUCACAGCCCCUUGCAGGUGAAACUGAAAAUCAAAUAAAAUCACCUGAUCCAAGGUCUGAUGCCCCUCCUGACUAUAGUACUCAUUUUUUUCCAGGGCCCCCUGGACUAGCUGUCCCCCCACCUGCAGGCUACCCAGGAGUCUUGCCUAUGGGAUAGUAGAGUCCACAGCAGCCCAGUACCUUCCCUUUGUACCAGCCAAAUGGUGGUACCCAUCCAAUCCAGUAUCAGCCUGGCAAAUAUCCCAAUCAGUCUGCUCCAAUAACACGGAUGCCAGGGCCAACUCCUAUCACAAACUGCCCUCCUGGUCUGGAAUACUUAGCUCAGCUGGAGGUGCAGUGUUCUCCUGGCAUCACCACUGGCUUUGUUGCAGAACACUGGAACCUGUGCAGGGCGGCUUAUGGCAUCCCAAACGAGAAGAAAGAGAAUGUGAUGAGUGUGCUUGGGCCGUGUUCAACCUGUGGCUGUGGUUCAGAUUCUGUUUUGGUGGCCAAACCCCUUGAUGGUGUAUCCAUCAUUGACAGAUCUCCACCACAACGUUCAUCAUGA